UGAUAGCACACACUUAACAGGCGCUAAACAGUUUAGCAAAGUGAAUCUAAUCGAUAAAAAUAAAUAUAAAUUAAAUUUGUAAUAAAAAAGUGCAACGAUGAAAAUUGUGUUAGCUUUAGUUGUGGUUUCUUACCUUGCGUUCGUGACCAAUGUUGUGGAUGGUGGUUCUCUGCGCGUUCAAGAUGUCGAUGAUCGUGUUUCGUUAGAACGACCAAAAAGAUUCGAUGAUGAAUCGCAAACGAAUGAUGAAUUGGGUGCAACAGCAAAACAAGCUGAUUCCACGGAUUCAAGUAUACCAAAUGAAACGGAUGACAAGAUUAACGAAGUAGAAGAUGAAACAAGAAGAGAUAAGGGGUCCAAAGGAUCCAAAGGUGGAAAACAUCAACAUGAAAAGCAAAAGGAGCAUGAAAAACACAGGUUUAACACGACUACAACAACACCAAAACCAGCUACUGCGGCAUCAACGGUAAAACCAUUAAAUACAACACCAAAGCCGCCAUCAAUAACUGCUCCACCCAAACCGUCACGACCAUUGUCCGAUAAUAUUCCUGUGCCACCUUCGCCGCCGUCACAUCCACCACAGCCACAUAUGCAUUUGCAACCGAAUUCAUAUCAUAUUUUCGAACCGAAUGUGGCGCCUGCAUCACACCAUAGUGAGUUCCCUGGUGAAAAUGAAGCUCAAAUUCCAAGCGUCUAUCGGCAAGAACAUCAUAAUUCUCAUCAACAACAACAACAACAUCAGGAACAUCAUCAUCAUCAUCACCACCCAAUGGCCCGCCAAGAAUUCGAAGAAACUCUCGAUGAUUUCGACAAUAUGCAAUUGGGAGCCUCUUAUUUGGGACCACCACCAACAGCUUAUGCUCCUCAACCAUCAAAUGCACCCUAUGCACCACCCUCUUAUCCUAAAGUUCAAUGUGGCCAUAAUUUAUUGAUUUCAUGCCAACCGUCUGUUAAUUCAUCUCCAUGCCAAAGUCAAGCAAAUUCUUAUGCUGCUCCACCGCCACCCAGCUAUGCACCAAAACCAACCUACCGAUUUGCCGAUGAAGAGCAGAAUCUAGAGAGAGACGAUACAUUGGCUGAACAGCCACAACAAGGCUUUGAGAACGAAGAAGAUGCGAUGGUUGGUAGAAGCUUAGCAUUGGCGCCACCAGCUGCUGAUGUGAAGGAAGGUGAAUAUUUUCAUCCAAAGCCGCACCAUAGUCAUCAUCACCAUAGUCAACAGCACAACGAUCAAGAGCACCACAGCCAUCCUUCACACCACCAUCAUCACCAUCAUCACGAUCAAAAAGUGGAUGUAACACCACACAGUGAACAUGUGUCACCACACAGUGGGCCUGUGUCACCAAAACCCGAACCGAAACCAAUUGUUCAUGGUGAACAUCUGAAAAAAGUUGAUCAAAUCCACCCUGAACACCCUGGCAAAACUGAAAAAUUAAGAUAUAAUUAUAGCCCACUCGAUGAAGAUGAAGCUUUAGUUGGACAGCAAAUGCCACCAUUUCCACAAGUUCCCGAUACGUUUCAAGGACCCGAGCAACAAUUAGGUCCUGACGCACGUCAAAUGCAAUUUCUACCACAACAUAUGAUGCAACCAUCAAUUCCGCAAAUGCGUCAAAUGCGACCUGAUUUUCCGCCACAAAUGCAAACAGAAUUUCCACAACAAACAAAUCCAAUGAUGCAACCAUUGAUUCCGAUUGAAACACACCAAAUGUCACCUGAAUUACAUCACGAAUUCCAACAACCAAUGCCACCACGUAGCAAUCAAGCAUCAAUUCAACCAGAUUUCUCAGAGAAGCCUCAACAACAACCAAUGCCACCGCGUGAUGAAUUCCAGCAACCAAUGCCACCACGUAACGAAUUCCAGCAACCAAUGCCACCACGUAGAAAUCAACCAGAUUUCCCAGAGCAGCAAUUUGACUUUCAACAACAGUCAAUGAUGCGACCUUCAGCUCGGCGAAUGCGUCAAAUGCAACCAUCACAAUUUUCACGAUAUACGCGUCAAAUGCAAAGAAAUGAAAACCAACAACAGCCACGACCAAUGCCAAGAUCAGAUCUUCAAGUGCAGCCUGAACAGAACCAACAAAUGACACGACCAGAUUCUCAAGUGCAACCUCAACAAGACCAACGUCAAAUGCCAAGGCCAGAUUUUCAAGUGCAAACUCAACAAGACCAACGUCAAAUGCCAAGACCAGAUUUUCAAGUGCAAACUCAACAAGACCAACGUCAAAUGCAAAGACCAGAUUUUCAAAUGCAGCCUCAACAGGACCAACGUCAAAUGACAAGACCAGAUCUUCAAGUGCAACCUCAACAGGAUCAACGUCAAGUGCAAAGACAAGAUCUUCAAGUGCAGCCUCAACAGGACCAACGGCAAAUGCAAAGACCAGAUUUUCAAAUGCAGCCUCAACAGGAUCCACAAAUGCCAAGACCAGAUUUUCUUCCACAACAAAGUCCAGAAUUUUUCCAACAAGAACCACGAAGACUUGACAUUCUGCCAACAACAACCCAAAUUUCCCAGCCACCCCAACAUCUAAUAGUGCCAUUGAAUCCAAACUUCGAUCCAAGUCUGCACCCAAUUCCACAACAACAAAUGCCAUCACGACCACUAAUAUUUUCACCAGCACCGCCGCCACAAUUCCAUUUAAUGCCACCACGAGCAUUUAUGCGACAAAUGGAAGAGCAAUUGAGAAGACUUCGGUUUGACGAAGAACCGUUGGAAGAAUCUCUUGGUGAGCCCAAUCCAAUGAUGAUGAAUGACGAAAUGCAAUUUUCAUUUGGCGUCAAUCCAAUGAUGGCGAGAGAAUAUUACUAAUUGACACUGUAUCAAUGAAAUAACGAUCUGUAGCUCACAAAACGACGUCGACAUUCAAGAAAAUACACAUUUGUAUCGUAUCUUUGCACUCUCUAUAUAUUUUUAUUCCGUAAUGAUAAGUUAUUGAUUUAAAUAGCACAAUAAAAUCAUCAUCAAAUUGAAAGCCAAAAAA